GGAGUGAGAAACAAAAUGAUACCCGAGGAAACUUCGUGGAAGGUGACUGAAGGUCCAAAACAUGGAGAUCCAUUUAAGGCAACCUGCUUCGUCCCUCCUUCCCCUCAAUCCUUUUCUUCUUCUUCUUCUUCUUCAAACACUUUCUCUCUAUUCCCACACCAACCACCAAUGAAGCUCAUCAACAUCAAUCCCAAGAACCUCAAGCUUUCCCCUAAGCGUCUCUUCCGUUCCUCCAAGAAGGACCGUUCCGCUCCCUCCAGAUCCGAUCCUCCCUCAUUCGGAUCCUCCGCAUCCUCCUCCGAGGGCUCCACUCACAAGUCCGCCGCCGCCGGUGGUUCCGCCACGCCUACUAGUGUCCUCCCUGAUGCUUCUGGCGACUGGUCCAUCGAGCUCCACCUCGAGCUCUCACAGGCCUUCCGCCUCAUCGACCGCGAUGGCGACGGCGUCGUCUCACGCCAGGAGCUUGAGGCGGUUCUGACGAGCUUGGCGGCACUGCGAUCGGAGGAAGUGGCGGCGAUGCUGCGUGAGGUCGACGCUGAGGGCCGUGGAUGCAUCAGCGUCGAGGAGCUGGUGAGUCGAGUCGGUUCCGUUGGCGAUGUUCCCAUGACGGAAGAGGAUGAGCUGAGGGAAGCAUUCGAGGUGUUUGACAGCGACGGCGACGGGCGGAUCUCGGCACAGGAGCUGCUUAGGGUUUUCCAAGCGAUCGGCGACGAGCGGUGCACGUUAGAGGAGUGCAGGCGCAUGAUAGAGGGCGUGGAUAGGAACGGGGAUGGGUUUGUGUGCUUCGAGGACUUUUCUCGUAUGAUGGAGUUGCAGCAACAGCAACGGUGAUUGCGAUGUUUGUUGUGAAUUUUAACGGUCGUGAUGAAGCUUGUGAUGAUGAGUCAUGAUCAUAUAAUGAGUUCCUAUAAAUAUAUAAAGGAGGCAACUUCUUUUGAUUUUUUCUUUUUUUAUUAUUAUUCAUGUCUUUUUUUCUUCAAUAUUUUUUCGGCGUAUAAUAUCGUUCGAAGGCAAGAGGAAGGUGUAAAAGGAAGAAGAAAAAGCUGAGUUGAAGGGAGAAAACAAAAAAGAAAAAUAGAAAAAUUUGAUCUUUAUUAAACAUGGCAAUCCAGUAAGAAUGUAAGAUAUAAUAUGUUGUGAAUUCUAAUUGCA